UAAGGCCAUGGGGCUCGCGCCGCCGGAGCUGGGGCAGUUCGACGGGUGGGAGAGCUCCGGGGAGGAGGAGCGGGAGAGGUGGGGGUGGUGCCGUCGCAGCCGCCGUGGCAGCAGCAAGCGGCGUGUGCCCCCGAAGGGCGGGGACGACGCCACGGUCGCCACUGGAUGCUGCAUCCGGCUGUGGCCGGUCGGGAGCUGCCCGCCGCCGCCGCGGUCCAAGGUCGACGCGUCCACCAGUAGCGCCAGCACGCAUGGUGCAGAGAAGUCAACAGAAAAUGGUAGCAGGAACCAACCGGUUGCAUUAGUAGGCUCAGGUUCAACAACAACUAGUAAUGCUGAGAGCAGUUCAUCUGCAUCUAAAGCUGGAGAGGAAAUAAAAGUUGCUUCUCAGCUGCGCAAGUUUGCAUUCAAUGAUCUAAAAUGUGCCACACGGAACUUCAGGCCUGAGAGUCUUCUUGGAGAAGGGGGUUUUGGAUGUGUUUUCAAAGGGUGGAUCGAAGAGAACGGAACUGCGCCUGUGAAACCUGGUACAGGUCUUACAGUUGCUGUCAAGACGCUCAAUCAUGAUGGGCUUCAAGGGCACAAAGAAUGGGUGGCUGAAGUUGAUUUUCUUGGAAACCUUCACCAUCCCAAUUUGGUCAGGUUAAUUGGAUAUUGUGUUGAAGAUGACCAAAGAUUGCUGGUGUAUGAAUUUAUGCCUCGUGGCAGUUUAGAUAACCAUCUAUUCAGAAGGUCUCUUCCUCUUCCAUGGGCCAUCAGAAUGAAGGUUGCUCUUGGAGCAGCAAAGGGCCUUGCUUUCCUUCAUGAAGAAGCAGAAAGACCCGUCAUUUAUCGUGAUUUUAAAACAUCUAAUAUACUGCUAGAUGCGGAGUAUAAUGCAAAGCUCUCAGAUUUUGGGCUUGCCAAAGAUGGCCCUGUGGGUGAUAAAACUCAUGUCUCUACUCGAGUAAUGGGGACUUAUGGGUAUGCAGCACCGGAGUAUGUCAUGACAGGUCAUUUGACAUCAAAGAGUGAUGUCUAUAGCUUCGGGGUGGUGCUUCUUGAGAUGAUGUCGGGACGUAGGUCCAUGGAUAAGAACCGCCCUAACGGUGAGCACAACCUUGUCGAAUGGGCACGUCCCCUCCUAGGAGAGAGGCAGCGCUUCUACAAGCUAAUUGACCCUCGCUUGGAGGGUAACUUCUCAGUCAAAGGUGCCCAGAAGGCAGCACAGUUAGCACGUGCCUGCCUUAGUCGGGACCCCAAAGCACGGCCGUUGAUGAGCCAGGUGGUGGAAGCUCUCAAGCCACUGCUCAACCUCAAGGACAUGGCUAGCUCCUCCUACUUCUACCAGACAAUGCAAGCCGAGAGGAUUGCACACUCGAGCAGCAUGAAUGGUAGGAACAGCCACAGCCUUAAGAUGCAGGGUUCAUUUGCUCGGAAUGGACAGCAACCGAUGAGAAGCCUGUCUGAUGGCCCUCGUGCCUCCCCGUUCCGCUACUCACCGAAGCCGAAUAUGAAAUAACUAGAGGCGCAUGAUUCCAGUCUGCUGGUUGAAACCCAGGAGUGGUUCUGGUGUUAAAACCUGGUUUGUUGGGGGUAGCUGAUUCUGCCAGAACAUUGGCGCCGAAUAUGAAUUGAUCUGUCUUGUAGAUUGACAUGUGUAAAAAGGAUAUAGGUGAAAAGGAGGUGUAGGUAUCAGAAUUUCCUUUGCGGAUGUUUGCAGUGAGGUUUUAACUGAAUGCUGAUGGACCGUUUCUUUAUAUUUUUCGCCAAAGUAAGGUUAGCUUUGGGUGAUUUCCUUGCACAAA